AUUUAAGGGCUGACUGCCAGUGAGGAAGGAUCUCUGGUUGGAGAUCCCUCCUUGGUGAAGCUUUUCCCUAUGAACCUGGAAUCUUUUGAUACAGGAUUUCCAAGGCCCGCGGAUGUCACUUCGCUCUCAGACUGUCAACAGAAAUGAACAACAGCAGGAGACGAGCAACAAUGAAUGUGACUUAAGUAAGAGUGAGAAGACCCAGGAACCACCCCAAAGUGCCAGGAGAAAGACAAGUUACAAAAGAGCUGUGGAUCAACGCUAUGACACCCAGCAAGCAGAAGAUGGAGGGCUUUCUCCUCAGAGAAAAAAGACUCCAUCCCCUCCAUGUCCAGCUAGCAAAGUUGUACGUCCUUUCAAAACAUUUUUGCACACUGUGCAAAAGAAUCAGCUCCUAAUGACUCCAACCUCUGUGGGGAGAAAUGGAGUAAUAAAGUCUUUUAUCAAGUACAACACUCCUCUCCAACAUGAUCCCAAGGAAAAGGAGAGACAAAAACUGCAGGCUCUGAGAAAGAAGGAAGAGGCUGAGCAGUUGAGAAAACAAAAAGUGGAGGAAGAAAAGAAACGGCGACUAGAAGAGGCGAAGUUGAGGCGUGAAGAACGCCUGCGUAAAGUGCUGCAAGCUCGGGAACGGGCAGAGCAAUUGGAGGAAGAGAGGAAAAGGCGCAUUGAGCAGAAGCUAGCUCUGUUUGAUGAGAAGACAGAGAAGGUGCGGGAAGAAAGACUGGCAGAGGAGAAGAUAAAAAAGAGAGCAGCUGCCAAGAAAAUGGAAGAAGCGGAAGCCCGGCGCAGGCAGGAUGAAGAGGCCAGAAAGCAAAAAGCACUGCAGCAGGAGGAGGAGGAACGUCGGCACAAAGAGCUAAUGCAGAAGAAGAAAGAAGAGGAGCAGGAACGUGCCAGGAAAAUUGCUGAGCAGAGGCAGGCAGAGCAGGAGAGAGAAAAACAACUGGCUGCAGAGAGAGAGCUGGAGAGGAAGAAGGAGCAGGAGAGGAUUCAGGCAGAAAAGCAACGUGAACAGCAAGAGAAGGCAGCUCGCCUGCAGAAGGAAGCAUUGGCUGCUAAAGAGCAGCUCCAGAAGGAGACGGAGAAAAAAGAAAAGGAAGAACAGUUGCUAGCAGAGAUGAAGAGGCAGGAGCAAGAACAGAAGAAACUACCAGAGGAACAAAAAGCUAAAGAUGUAGCCCAAACACAGCACCUAGAAAACAAAGAGAAUUCACCUGCCUGCAAUUCAUACCAGAUGACUCCACAGUAUCAUAAAGAUCCAAAGCCCCCCAAGAUAAACCCAAAUAACUAUGGAAUGGAUCUGAACAGUGAUGACUCUACUGAUGAUGAAAGCCAGCCUCGCAAACCCAUCCCUGCCUGGGCCAGUGGGAAUCAGCUUAGCCAAGCAGUAAUCCGCCAGUACUACAACCCUCCCAAUGUUGAUGCACUCUUUGGGACAAUCGUAAGCCCCAAGUUGGAGGACAUCUUUUACAAAAGCAAACCACGCUACUUCAAGCGCACCAGCUCUGCUGUGUGGAACUCCCCACCGUUUCCAGGUGCCAAAUCGGUUCUAGGUCUGCCAUACAGCCUGAAAAAGUACUGAGGUGGACAGUAACUGUCUCCUGUGGAGCAAUAAUAUGCAUUUUUGUCUCUCUAGAUGAGAAGAGAGUUAAUAUUCAGUAUCCCUAAAUCUUUAGGCACCAGCAUUGAAUAAAUGUCAAUUUUGACUGGGUCUCUUGCAUUUUCUAUUUUGGAAGCUUGUUUUCUUACCAUUGAGCGAAGUUACAGGCUUUGGGGAGAUCUUGCUUCUGAACAGGGCAUCUCCUGUUUCCUUCAGCUUUAAGUUGGCAAAGAUUUAGACUUACAGGUCAUGAGAAUGCGUCAUCUAAAGCAAAUGUGAUUGUUCUCUUCAGCCAAGCAGGCCUGGCAGCUGAUGCAAGCGGUAGAGAAAGGUACGUCAGUGCUGUUCCUGCCUCUCUGUGGCUGAAGCCAGAAUAUUGUACAGCUAAUGACCACUGCACGCAUCUUGAGUCAAGUCCAAAACACUACUGAUGUCCUUAAGAAUAAAGAUAUUAGCAGCCAUGGUCUUCAUCUCCUGCAAAUUACAAAAUAAUUUGGUUUGGUUUUCAUUAGUAUGCUCUACGUCAACACCAAAUGCAUUUAUGUGCAUAAGCUAUAUUGAUGAUGAUGUUAUUGCAGCUCAGGAGGAAAUAUUCUGAGGAUUUUAAUGACCUUUCUUCUGCUGUUGGAGAGAGAUGUGACUCUGGAGUUAACCAUGUCUCCAGGAACGCCCAGAGUAGAUAAGUAAUCUUUGUACUUCUAGCAGUCUCUCAAAUAAAUUAUACAAAGGUUCGGAUAUUUCUUCUCUAAUUUAAAUUCCAUGUUUGUGGCAGAUUGGAUUAAAAGGAUGUUUUUAUUUAGCUUUAAUCCUUGUCUUGCUCUUUUCUCCCCUUAGCUAUUUCACUUAGUCAGCAUCAAAGCUGGUUUUAUUUUUAAGCAUUCACUUUGCACUUCUUGUUCAGUAAAGCAAUGUCAAAACAGUUUCCUCAUAACAGCAAAAUAUGAGCCCAGAAUUUCAGCUCCAAGAUCACUUGGUGUUCUAGUCUACAAGUUUCUAUAUAGAGAGAACAGAAGUCCCAGUAGGGCAGUGACAUUUUUCAAGGAAACAGUUACAUUAAUUUCUAUAGGUUGCUGUGGAAGUCUGUCUUCUGCAAAGUAGGCAAAAUAAAUGAUUCUUACCUCAGAAUCAUCUUCUUGGGGGGGGGCUUGAUUUUAAAGGUGGGUGAGUAUUCAUGGCUGCAACCUCAGUCAGUAGACUGAGAGCAUUGUACAUACAGCUUGGUCGCUGAAAAAAAAAAACCUGGAGAUUAUGUAACAUGAAAGGAGAACUGUGUUUUUCCUUGUGCAUUAACUGUUCUUCAAAUAGCUAUCUUUAAAAUGUGUUUUUAUAAUUAUAACAUCUAUCAGUUUUGUAUUUGCUAUUGAUGAGUAUGUUCUGUGAGAUGAUUGUGCCUUGAUAAAUGUUCAGUAGAUUGAGUUUUGUACUAUCAUCUUAGAAUGAGGAAUGAUUACUGAAAUGACAAACAGUUGAAUGCUAUCUGAAUGUCUGACAGUUUGAUAAAACUGAAGUCAUCUCUG